UAGCAAUAUGGUACAAACCACAGACACUCACAGUCACAACCACAAGUUUUAACGACUUACUGCAUGUGAAGGCUCAGAAAACCUUUAAUUUCCCAGCUUAUUUAAAAUGUUUGAUUUUCUCAAGAGUUUUGAUGUUCAAGCAGCAUCAAACUACAUCAACCCGUAUGCUGUGGAUGUCAUCCGAGCAAAAAGAAGGGAUCUAGUUUAUGGCAUCUCACAUACCAAGGAUCUGCUGGAUCAUCUUGUCACUGAGGGGGUCAUGACAGCAGCAAAGAGAUCCAUCAUUCUGACAAUCAGGACUCGCAUAGAUCAAAACUGCCGGGUCCUGGACAUUCUGGAGGCCAGAGGUGAAAGAGCAUGUCGGAAAUUCUUCCAUCCAUGUCUCAUGCUGGCAGAACCUGACCUUUAUCAGCAAAUCAAGACUUAUGUGCGUGGUGUGAAUGAACAUAUUCAAGACACAAGGAGACAGCUGAUUGGAUAUUUGCUGGAGAGGGACCAGGAGUGGAUUGGUAAAAUUGCUGAUAGGAAUGUCACCCAGGAGACUCGUACUUUAUUUACCUCCAAAGGAAUUAAGAAAUCUGGCCCUGAAAAGGAAGACAGGAGCACUGUACCACUUUUAAAAUCAGAGGAGCACAAACAUGCACAAAGUAAGUUAGAUAAGCUCAUCCACAUGAUUGCUACAGAUGGGGAGGUCGUUCUGCUGGAGGAGCUUUUAGACAAGGCUGAUAUUAACGCUGUCAAUUCAUCCAAUGAGACGCUAUUACAUGUUGCUGCUGAAUAUGGCCACUUGUCCAUUAUUGAACUCUUGAUCCAUAAGGGAGCCAGACUGGACCUGCAGGAUAAUAGGGGUCACACAGCUCUUCAUAGAGCAGCCAGCAGGGGUCACAGUGAGAUAGUCAGGGCCCUCAUACAGGCCGGGGCGCCCAUCUACACUCUAGAUAUACAAGGCAAAACCCCGAUUCAUCUGGCAGCAGAAAAUGAGCACCUGAACUCUGUGAAAGUUCUGGUGAAGGAGGAAGCCAAGCAGUCUGAGAGCCGCACACGGGACAUGUUUCUUCAUUUUGCAGCCAUGAAAGAUAACUGGAAGCUGGCUGAGAUGCUGCUGCAGAGUGGGGCUGCUGUUGAUGUCACAAACAACCACAAAAAAACAUCCUUGUUUUAUGCAGUUUCCGGGAACAAUGAGAAAACGGUGACUAUGCUUCUAAAUGCUGGGGCUAAAGUUGACUGUGAUGUUAUAAUUGAAGCUUUUAAACUCAAAGAAGAAUCCAUUCUUCAUCUGCUGCUUGAUAAAACCAGAGGAGCUCUGUGUGAAGACGCGCUGGGAUCUGCUCUCUUCUCAGCUGUUAAACACAACCAUGAUGGAGUGGUGACUGUUCUCAUAGAGAAAGGAGCAAAUGUUAACAUAUUAGACAAGCAGGGCUACACUCCUCUCCUGUUGUCGGCUGAGCUGGGGCACACUGAAGUCUUCAGAGUGCUGGUAGCAAAACAGGCCAGACUGGAUGCUACUUUAUCAGACCUCUCCUCAGCGUUGCACCUGGCUGUCCACAGUGGCAGUUUGCCCAUAGUGCAGAUAUUGCUGGAAAAGGGUUUAGAGCCCAACAUUACUGGAGCUAAAGGGCAAACCCCUCUACACCUGGCAGCUCAGUGUAAUAGGCCGGAAUUAGUUGAUGUGUUGUUAAGAGCUGGAGCACAGGUAAAUGCAGUAGCCCAGGAUGGGUUGACCCCUCUGCAUAUAGCUAGUCAGCAUGGCCAUGUGGACACAGUGAUUCAGCUCCUUCAAGGCAAGGCAGACACAGGAGUCCGAGACAGACUAGGGAGGACAGCCUUGCACUGGGCAGCCUCUUCCCAGGGAGGAAGCUGUGUGGACAUGCUGCUGUCGGCCAAAGCCAACCCAAACACUACUGAUAACAAGAAAAGAACUGCCCUUCACCUGGCUGCUAUGGAGGGGAGAGCAGAUGCUGUGACUUCAUUGUUGUCCCACAGGGCAAAGGUGGGGGCUAAAGACAUAGAUGGAUCCACACCUCUCCAUUACGCAGCGGCUGGUGGGCAUGCCAGUGUGGUAUCAGCUCUUCUACAGGAAUUCAACAACAAGGGGAUAGAUGGGAAGAAUGCAUGGAGGAAAACGCCGCUUCAUGCUGCAGCAGAGAAGGGCCAUGAUAAUGUGGCAGUCCUACUCCUGGAGGCCGGGGCAAAAAUAAACAGUACAGAUCACAGCAGAGACACUCCUCUGCACUGUGCUGCACGAGGUGGACACUCGGAGGUCGUGAAGAGGCUUGUGAACUGGGGCCGAGGUGUGCACAUGGGACGGCAGAGGAAGGUGAAUCUACAGGCUACCAAUAAUGUGAGGAAGACACCACUGCAAGUGGCACAGAGUGGAGACACACCAGCACAUGCUGAUAUUGCAACUUUACUCAUGAGGAAGAUGUUUCUUAUCAAAUAAAGUAAGACACCUCAAGUCUUUGUGCACACAGGGGUUCCAUUACCCUAAAUGGUUCAGUCACAUGUACGCUGACUUUGCUUAUUUAUUUAUUUAGAUCAGUGUUUGGUAGCUUUAAAAAAAGGUGGUUGAGGAAGUACAGGGUGGCUGCCUAUCCUGCCUGAGUAAAAAGAAACUCAAAUAAGUAAAGGGAGUUAAGGCACAAACCAUGCUGAUCGUAUGUGUUAUUGAUUAAUUGAUACAAAUUUGUAUUGAUGUAAAUAUUCAUUCCUUGCAUUUUAUGAUUACAUGGUGUUUGUUUGAUUAUUAUUUCAUAUAGUUGUGGUCCAGCCCUACGAUUGACUGGCAUCAAAAUCUGCAAAAGACGUAAGCCGUGCUGAAUAAUUCUAAUCUGAGUCGCUGACGAUGCAACUCUGCAUUUCUUGUGAUGUGUCUUCCUGUAUUAUUGAUAAAAAAAAAAAAGACCAACUAACAGGCAAGAAAACCCAACACCACCGCAGACUUCAGAAGGUCAUGGUGGGAUUUUUGCAACAUCUGCAGUUCUUUGUAAUUCUUUUGCUUCCCCCCACAUCACUUUUCCAUAGUGCUGCAAUACUUAGAACCAACACUCUUGUUUCCGAACAUGCUUUGUCACACAGACAGACAAAAUAUAGGUCUAAUGAUAUUAUGUAAAAUAUAUUUUGAGGGAACGCAAAAGGAAUUGACAGCAACAAAUUCCACAUAGUCUAAGUAUCUCAGAGGAACCUAAAACCUUUGGGUAAUAAUAUAAAGAAAAACCCUAAUGUUUAAUUACAAAUGUUUACAGAUGUUAGAUUCAGUUACACAAAUGCAAAGGAGUGCCAUGAAAGUACCUGUUCAGUGGUCAGUUAUAAAUCAGUACUUAAUAAGUUUAAAAAGUUUAAAAAUUAUUAUAUAAUUAAUAAAAUUAUUAUUAUAGAAUUAAGGUUACAACUAAAUACCAAAAACCUUUCUGGUUUUUCAUAGUCUUCUGUAGUGAAGUGUGCCUUCUUCUCUUAUCAUUUUGCUUGUUCAGUUCAAAGCAAUAAACCUCAAUA